UUCUUAUUGACAGUUUGUUUGUGUGUGAAUGUGAAUCAGAAAUUCCUUUGUCAAUCGGUUUAAAAUUUCUCCAAAAUUAUGGCAAAUAUUCAAGUAAUUACCCAGGAUUUUGUGAACGUGCACAUCACGAAGUCCGACAGCGAAGAUGCGGCGCCCAUCGAGCGGAGAUUCAAAAAAGGAAUCACUGUUCUGGAGUUUAAGACAAAAUUGGAACUGGUCACCGGUGGAUCGGCAGCUACUAUGAAACUAAAGCUGUAUGACAAGAAGAACUCCUACAUCUGUGACAUAGACAAUGAUGAGGCUCUGCUCGGCUCCUUCCCCAUAGAUGAUGGCAUGCGGAUACAUGUGGUUGACAAGUUUGCUCUCGUCCAUGAUUUUGCAUCAUCCGAUAGUGCUGAAAGGUUCCGUUUAUCUGAAGAAGAGUAUGAGAAGAAAGGCGACACUCUCCGCUCGUUCCUGCAGCGGAACAAACUGGGCAAGUACAAUGAAGAGGAGAUGACCAAGCUCAAGGAACAGCAGCAGAAGGAACUCGAGGAUGAAGCUAAGAUAGCAGAAGCAGUAUUAGUAGGAGCUCGAUGUGAAGUCCGCGUGCCCCAGCAACCAGUGCGCCGCGCCACCGUCAGGUACAACGGACCCUUAGAGGGCGCCAAGGGGCUAUGGAUCGGAGUGCAAUACGAUGAGCCUCGUGGCAAGAAUGAUGGAUCAGUAAACGGCAAGCGUUACUUCACAUGUCCCCCUAAAUACGGCGGCUUUGUGAAGCCGGUGUACGUGACCGUGGGCGACUUCCCGGAGGAAGAGUUUGACCUAGAUGACGAAAUAUGAUCAGAUACACAGAGCAAACCGUUCAUUAGGAUGCAUACAAUAUUGUACUUUGUGUAACAGCUAAAAGACUGGCACGUUUAUAAGGUGUAAGAUAAUAAACGCAAGAUUUUGAAGACAGUACCCUUAGUAAGCUCUGAUUGGUUGGUUUAUUUGAGCCGGCCUAUCAGAGCGCAAGAGAGUUCUCGUUUCGAUUACUUUCAACGUAAGGUAAACUCGUACUAAGGCUUCUGGUUGAGCCUGUAAUACUGAACAAGUGUUGUUUAGCACUCAACUUAUAAAAAAUAGAAUUUUGUAAUAACGUAAAGAUUUGACCUCAAGUUUAAAAGACACCAGGCUAUGUUCUGCCAUUUUUACACAUAGAUAAAUUGAUCUAAGUCCCUUCAUGCACGAAUCCGCAUCGCGUUUGGUCGAAAUUGUUCUUCAAUUUCCAAAAUUUGUUGAGUUUCAUAACUGAAACGUUUAUUGUUACACCUUGUAAAGAUUAAAAAUAUAACUUAAAUAUUACAAAAAUAAUAUUGUAUGGCAUCUCAGCUAUUUUUGUAUGAGCACUACUAAGCUUGCUGGCGGGCUACACAAGCUUUAAAAUUAUGAUUUAUAAAAUCUAAUAAUUAUUAUAAUUAUGCUUUAUUUACUACUUAUCUAUUGUAUAUUUGUUUGUGAGAGAAUCUUUUGAUGUGGUAUGGAAAUUAAUGUAUUGAAAACUGAAAAAAUGGAAUAAGUAAAGACAAAGGUAAAAAAUGUAUAUGCAUUUAAAGUAUAGGUUAGGUAGUUAUAGUCAAACUUUAUGACUGUUUUUGAAACUUAUAUAUGGAGUAAAACCCCCAUGGAGCAAGCGUGGUGAUUAAUAUUAAAACCUUCUCCGUGUGACAAGAGACCUUUCAUCAGUGAUACUUUGAUGUGUAAAACAUAGUGUUGGCCAGUAAGCAUUACUGCCUGUAAGAAAAUGAUCAUUGCAUUGUAAAAUAAUUUCUUUUUAAGGGAGUAUAAUUAUCCAAUGACCUCCCGAGCCUUGGGUGUCGAGACUGUCAGACUCUUAUUCAUUAAAAACCACCCAGUUUCUACUCCUGCUUUGAGCCGGAACCCCGGUAACCCGUUAGACAGUCCACAGCUCCGAAUGGUGCAUUGUAAAUUGUAACCUAAGGAUACCUGCAACAAGGAUCAUUUUACAAUGGCAUGGACAUUUUUCCUAAUAUUAUUUAUCUCCUUCUAUACAUACCUCAUGACAUUUGUAGUGACUUUUGCUCGUCCUUAGAGUGGCCAUAGAGUUUGACUAAAACUUUUUAUAAAUAGCGAUCUCAUGUGAGUGCCUCGUUUGUUUUAAAUCUUUUUGAAUACUUUUGAAUGAAUUUCUCUAUAAUAAUGUUUUCAGUAAUAAACUAAUGACUAGGAUUCUUAGAAUUAGUUGCUAAUUAAGCUACAGUUCUAAGAAUAUUAGUUGUUAUUAUUACGUGUCUAGAGUUCAGUUUUCUGUGGACAUUCCAUUGAGAAUGAGACUUGGUUUAGUAAUACACAAUCAUGUGGCGCGUACAUUACAUUACAUAUCUUCGCUUUGUAACAUUUUAGGUUGUAACACUCAAUUAUGUUGUAUCAUAUUUUUUUAACAAAUAAAAUGUAACUAAAAUA